AUGUCCAACGAUAAUCGUGAACUGAAUGACUGGAUGAGUGUUGACGAUGUUGUGGACGGUGGACGGUCGAUGGAUUGUUGGUCUGGUUGCUCUUAUGGUGUAAUGGUUAGCACUCUGGACUUUGAAUCCAGCGAUCCGGGUUCAAAUCCCGCACUCUGGACUUUGAACCAGCGAUCCGGGUUCAAACCCGCACUCUGGACUCUGAAUCCAGCGAUCCGGGUUCAAUUCCCGCGUGAACUGAACGACUGGAUGAGUGUUGACGAUUUUGUGGACGGUGCGAUGGAUUGUUGGUCUGGUUGCUCUUAUGGUGUAAUGGUUAGCACUCUGGACUUUGAAUCCAGCGAUCCGGGUUCAAAUCCCGCACUCUGGACUUUGAAUCCAGCGAUCCGGGUUCAAAUCCCGGUAGGAGCUCGUUUUUUGUGCGCGGCUCAAAGCAUGGGGUUUUGGUGUAGCAAUUUGACGAUCACUCUGGACUCUGAAUCCAGCGAUCCGGGUUCAAAUCCCGGUAGGAGCUCGUUUUUGUGCGCGGCUCAAAGCAUGGGGUUUUGGUGUAGCAAUUUGACGAUCACUCUGGACUCUGAAUCCAGCGAUCCGGGUUCAAUUCCCGCACUCUGGACUCUGAAUCCAGCGAUCCGGGUUCAAUUCCCGCGUGAACUGAACGACUGGAUGAGUGUUGACGAUUUUGUGGACGGUGGCGCGAUGGAUUGUUGGUCUGGUUGCUCUUAUGGUGUAAUGGUUAGCACUCUGGACUUUGAAUCCAGCGAUCCGGGUUCAAAUCCCGCACUCUGGACUUUGAAUCCAGCGAUCCGGGUUCAAAUCCCGGUAGGAGCUCCACUCUGGACUUUGAAUCCAGCGAUCCGGGUUCAAAUCCCGGUAGGAGCUCGUUUUUCACUCUGGACUCUGAAUCCAGCGAUCCGGGUUCAAUCCGCACUCUGGACUCUGAAUCCAGCGAUCCGGGUUCAAAUCCGCACCUGGACUCUGAAUCCAGCGAUCCGGGUUCAAACCCGCACUCUGGACUCUGAAUCCAGCGAUCCGGGUUCAAACGCACUCUGGACUCUGAAUCCAGCGAUCCGGGUUCAAUUCCCGCACUCUGGACUCUGA